AUGAAGGCCUUCAGCGAAUGCUGCGCGCCAUGCUGCCCUGGCGACGGCGAAGCCGAGCAGGCUGAACAGCAGCAACAACAGGGACAAUUGCCUCCUGGAAGUCGUUUGGUUUCGGGAACCAUCGCUCAACAAGGGGAACCAAGAUACCUCGAACCGCUUGUUCAGGAACGCAUUGUGGAAGUGUUGAAGCAUGAAGUUGAGGAACGCAUCAUCGAGGUUCCUCAAGUCCAAUAUGUAGACCGCAUCGUUGAAGUCCCCCAGACAGUUGUGCACGAGAAGAUUACUCACGUCCCCAAACCCGUCAUCCAGGAGCGUAUCACUCACGUCCCGAAAGUGGUGUAUCAGGAGAAGAUUGUCGAAGUUCCCCAAGUCAAGGUGGUUGACAAGAUCGUUGAAGUGCCCCAAUACGUCUACCAAGAGAAGAUCAUUGAAGUACCGCGCGUUGUAGUGCAGGAAAGAGUCAUUCCAGUCCCCCGAAAGGUCGUAAAGGAGAAGCUGAUUGAGAUUCCCGAGGUAGAGUACCGCGAUGUGGCGUUCGAGCAACCAAUUGAAGUUACAGAGGAAGUCAAACAAGAAGAGGUGGUCGAGAAAACAUACACUCAGGUUGUGCAGAGACCCUUUGAAAUGGAGAAAGUUGUCGAAGUGCCUCACAUACAACACACCUACAGAAACGUGAUGACUCCCCAGUACAGGCAUAUCCCCAAGCCAGUUGAGGUUCCUAUGACACACUACAGACCAAUCCCCGUCGAGAAACUCGUUGACCGUAAUGUCCCAGUACCUGUCGAGCUUCAGAUUGUUCAAGAAUAUCUGUGCCCAAAGAUAGAGCCGCGAUACAAAGAAGUCCCGGUUCCUGUACAUGUCCAGCGAACGAUUGAACACCCAGUGCCUAAGGAAGCUAUGGGAAACCCGCAGCUUCUUCCCUUGUACUACCAAGGAAGCAAAGAGCAAUUCAAAGGGAGCUUCCAACCUGGUGGCGUCUGCUACACAAUGUCGUCUUGCUGUGCUCCGCGAGUAGACCACGUUACAGAAGCUACUGCCGGAACUGUCGAGGUGCUCGCUCAGGCUGGAUACCCACAACAACCUCAUAUGGGCACUCCCCCACCACAGAUGACCCAAGAACAGCAACAGCAGCAGCAGCAGGCUGAGUACACGGCGGCCGAGCAAGCAGCUCAACAACAACCCAUGCAAGAGGCAGUGGAGGGAGCACAAUAUGCUGGAACAGAACGUAUGACCACAAUGCAACGUGAAAUGCUCGCUGCGGCCAGCAGGCCUGUUAACCCGUACGUGCAAGUUUCCGUCACUCCCUUGGCUCCCGGCCAGAAAUCCGAAGUAAACAUUCAGUAG